GUGGAAUGGAGAAAAUAAAACAGCAUACCUUUGCACUAGCUCACUACACCUAUACUGUGCUGUCUACCUUAAAAUAUGCCAAUGGAGCUCCUGUAGUACGUAUUUACAGCGAUACAGAUUUCAGUAAUCCUGAUGUCCAGGGUCCAGUCAUUAAUUUUAACGUGCUUGAUGAAAAUGGAGAGGUGAUCGGCUUUUCACAGGUGGACAAGAUGGCCAGUCUCUACAACAUACAUGUCCGCACAGGUUGCUUCUGUAACACAGGAGCCUGCCAGAUGCAUUUGGGUUUAAGCAAUGAGGACAUCCGAAGGAAUCUGGAGGCUGGCCAUGUCUGUGGAGAUGAUAUAGACAUAAUUGAUGGACGUCCCACUGGUUCUGUGAGAAUAUCCUUUGGCUAUAUGUCUUCUUUUGAAGAUGCUCAGACUUUUUUGAAAUUCAUCAUGGCCACCAGACUCUCCAAGUUGGACACUGAGAUUCCCUUCCAGUCCUCUGUUACAAAGCUGACAACAAAGUCUGUCCCAGAUGACCACCCUUCCUUUAACAAUGCAGAUAAAUUGUCUCCAAUACCCGACAUCUCAGACAAAGAACUCAGGAAUAAUUCGUCUGAAGCAGAGGUGACUCUCAACUGGCAGCCACCAGAGGCUGAGGCAGAAAGCAUAAGGGCUGCUGUUUCUGAGACUGCAGUGCCAACAUUUAGAAGAGGUGGCAAGCCCAUCACUGUCGCCAACAUUUUCCUCUACCCAAUCAAAUCCUGCUCUGCAUUUGAGGUUACAGAAUGGCCAGUGGGAAACCAGGGUUUGUUGUAUGACCGUAGCUGGAUGGUUGUAAACCAGAAUGGGGUCUGCAUGACUCAGAAGCAGGAGCCAAGGUUGUGUCUUAUAAAUCCCUCAAUUGAUCUGAAGAAAAAUGUUAUGAUCAUCCAGGCAGAAGGUUAGUAACCAAUAUCCUUUUCUCCCCUUCCUUAUUCUAGACAGAGACACCUGCAUGCACCCACCAAACUACUGAAUGCUUACUGA